GUGCCCACGCUUUAUCCCACCUAAAACGCGAGUUUGAAAAUAUCUCUUCUUUCCCAUAUUCUUUCCUCCUCCGUCUAAUCCUCUCACAUCGCUUCCUUCUUCAUUCUUGCUUCUCAAUCGCAGCAGACUUGCAGGCUUAUUAACUCAGGAUCAUUGUAAAGUUGGCUUUUGCUUGAAAGUUUUUGGUUAUUGCCAUCCCAAGAUAUGAUGAACGGAACUCAGUAUAUCGGUGAAAGUUCGAGUUCAACUUCUCUCAGUAGUCAACAUGAUAUUGAGGAUGACCGCAUGAUUGCUGUCAUGUUAUCUGAAGAGUAUGCCAAAUUAGAUGGCGCAGUUGGUAGGCGCCUUUCCAACCUGGCACCCGUUCCUCAUGUGCCCCGGAUUAAUUCCUUCAUACCUGACACAAAUGAUGCUAGUAUGGAUCACCAGCGCCUUCUUCAGAGGUUGAACAUGUAUGGUCUAUGUGAAGUCAAAGUUUCUGGAGAUGGAAAUUGUCAGUUUCGUGCACUUUCAGAACAGCUGUAUAGGUCACCUGAAUACCACAAGAAUGUUCGGAAAGAGAUUGUGAAACAGCUCAAAGACCAUCGCUCCUUGUAUGAAUGCUAUGUCCCCAUGAAGUACAAACGAUAUUACAAGAAAAUGGCAAAAUCUGGAGAAUGGGGGGACCAUGUUACCUUACAGGCAGCUGCUGAUAAGUUUGCAGCGAAGAUAUGCCUUUUAACAUCAUUCAGAGACACUUGUUUCAUUGAAAUUACGCCACAGUACCAAGCGCCAAAGCGUGAGUUGUGGUUGAGCUUCUGGUCUGAGGUUCAUUACAAUUCGCUAUACGAAAUUCGAGAUGCACCGAUCCAGCAUAAACCAAGGAGAAAGCAUUGGCUAUUCUAGGAGCGUUCGGUUCGUCACAUUGAUAAAACCAUUUUGGACAUGUUGCUGGGUUCAAAGCAUACCGUGAUUCGAUUGAGAAAUGGCAUACUAUCUUUCAAGGAUCAGAAGAUAAUUUACUCAAUUGGGAUGAGUUCUGUGUAUAUUUCUGUUCUAUAUAUUGGAUGAGAGAGUUGGUGGAGAAGGAGAAGUGGAGGGAAGAGAGGGAGAGAUCAGAGAUUAUGGGUCUUCUCUUUCCUCUUUUUUUUUUUCUUCCCAAUUUUCAUUCAUUUAUUUAUUUUUUUAGUUAUAUAGUAUUUGAAUUUUUUUUCUCCUGUUGUAGACAGUACAGUAUGAACAUUGGCGAUUGCUCAGUGAAAGUAAAUACGGUUACAGUUAUGCUUUUUGGUUGCAAGUAAA